AUGGAAGCAAUUGGAAUUAUCCGUUCCAAGGGAUCAACGAUCUGUGGAAAUCAAAAUCUUGCACAGUUCGUGGCAGGCAAUGCAGCUGGAGGAAUCAGCGCUGCUGCAAUCAACCCCAUUCAGGCGAUACGUGCCGCGACGUUUUCAAAGAUGGACAAGAAUCCGAACAGCAACCCUCAUUUUUUCAACACUGCGAAGGAGAUGGCUGCCAAGGGCGGGAUUCGACCCUUCCUGCGAGGCAUUCGUCCUACGGUUGGACGAGAUCUCGUUUUUGGUGGUUUUUUUUCGUUCCUUCGUCGGGACUUCACAAGCCGUAUCUCUUCUGCAGAACAUCCUCCAAAUCCUGUUCUAUGCUUCGCAUGUGACAUUGCGGCAGCAACACUGGCCACAACAUUUUCUUCUCCAUUCAACUAUGCUAGAAAUAUCAUGUAUUCGAGCCCCCCUGGUGUACGAGAGCUUAAGACCAUGACUCUGAUUGGUGGCCUCUUCAAGAAAGCUGCUCGUCAACGCAACGUUUGGCAAUCGAUGGUGUUCUUGCAAAAUAAUCUUAAGAUAGGUGUUGCUACGCUGCGAGUCGCUUUCUCCAUGGCACUUGCAGCAAGCACUUACCGGACAUACACAGCUUUUGAAAAAAAAGAAAAAUCCGAAGUGUGA